AUGAGGCACGGCUGGAAGUUCAGGCGGCUUGGGAGAGACACAGUGCAUCGUCGGGCUCUGCUGAAGAACCUGGCCACAGCUCUAAUAAAGCAUGAAAGAAUAGUAACUACUCUCGCCAAAGCCAAGGAGCUGAGGCGUGUCGGAGAUAAGAUGAUCACACUAGGAAAGAGAAACACGCCAGGUUCCAGGGCCGAGGCAGAGUGCUGGAUGAGGGAGCAUUCGUUGGUGCCAAAGCUGUUUGGUGAACUGAGUCUGCGAUAUGAAGGCAGAGCUGGUGGCUACACACGACUGCUCCACAUUCCAAACAGGGUUGGAGACAAUGCAAAGAUGGCCGUUGUAGAACUGGUGGACAAUUCGUAA